AUGUUCAAGUUGCCAGCCUUUCGACUGAGUAAAACCGUGAAAGUCCAGCCAACUAACGAACUCCACUUAAAGAACCGUGAAGAGGAAGUCGAAAACUUAGAGGGUCAUGAAUAUAGCUUGAAAGGAACUUGUGGAGGUGGCAGGCCCGCGACAAAAGAUGUAAUGUGUACGCCCAGUAUUGAGCGACUUCGUAAGGAGGUUAAAUUUCUCCGUAUUCUAGUUGGAGCUCUUAUCGUCGUUUCAGUCAUCUCCUUUGUCUUGAACAUUUGGAUCAUUCACAAAGAUGGAAAGCAAAACAAACCCCAGAAUCAAGGUAUGAUGGAGUGCUUAUGAUUAAAAUAGACACGUAAAUUUCAGUUUAUCUACACAUAUUAAGCUAAUUUAAGGCCAGGGAGGAAAAUAUCCCAAGUUAUCGUGUUUUAUUACUCUAAGUUUUGGAGUCAGAUUCGAGUUAAGCAGUUAAAUUGAAUGGUCGGCAAAUUAUAAUGCUGUCUCAAAAGCAAACUCGUAUUCACAACUGAAAGUAUUUCUCAAUCGGGCAUUGCUUGAGGUCUUUGUCUUUUCUCGGAUGUAGAAAUACACUUUUUGAGGAAAAUCCAAAAACUACCUUUUUCUUUCCCGGAUCACGGAUACACUUGGGUUUUUCCACAACUAAAGGGGGAAAGCAUCGGAAUCGAAAACAGCUCACUAGUUUUAUAUUAAGGGGGGAAUACAUUUUUAGAGAUAAGUUUAGCAACCAUCAUUUAAAGGAACACGAAAAACUGUUUGCCACAACUGAGCUACCCUCCUUCAGCCGCAAAUCUUACGGUCUGAAUACACCUUGUCAGAAUGAGAAUUUUUCAGUUAUAGAUACGUGAUCCACGAGGUAAAGAAACAAAGAUUUGGCUUUCUGAUCCACGAGGUGAAACCUUUGAUGUUAGUUGUUUGUACAGUACUGUUUGUCCUUUGGACUUUUAAUAAGGAAGGAUGCGUUUUUCUCUAAUGAUUUCGUUUUUAUAAGGAAAUCUUGCCAGUGAAAGGUUAAUCCAUUUUUAAAAGUCACACAAAUUAAAAGCUCAUUAGCACGCUUCAUUUAUGCCCUUUUUACGACGUUUAAGUAUUGGCGAUUUGAGCCUCAAAUCGUUUUGAAGAUGUUUUUAGAGAAUACAUUGAAACAUUUCAAUAAAUAUUAUGCAUAAAAGGCUGCAUUGUUCUUGUCACCACAUACAAUCUUACAGGUUCUCGUUUUCAGCCAACAACUGGGUUGAGAUGGCCCAUACUGUUACAACAGCGAUACUACAUUAUGUUCAAUAAGAGAACCUCGAUUGCCUCUUUAGAACAGGUGGUAAUAAAUGUUCUAAUUUUCUUUUUAUUGAAAAAGGCUUAUAGAAAUAGAGUCAACCGACUAGAAAAAAGGGUAUUAGCUGCCCGGGGGGGUGGUACCCCUUAUAUACGGGGAGGCUCCGCCCGAAAGGGGAACCUUUUUCAGUCUUCAGGUAUAUAAAGGGGUGGAGGUUUCACUAGUUGACCUAAAGUGCAUGAAAGGGUAAGGAAAUCUGUCAUUGCAGUUUGUGAAAGGACCUUAGAUAGCUAACGGGCACAUUCUAUGGCCGCGUAAAAAAAAGACAAGAAAACUUUCUGGUUUAGAGUUUGAUAUGACGCUAUAUUUACAGCAGUUACAACGGAUACAGCGAUCUAAACUUAAAAGGUACCAUUUUUCAAUAAAAGGUAUACGACACGGCUACCUCUUCUGCCAAAAUGGCUCAGAGGCAUUGUACAGAGGUGACCGUUAUAGCGAGGUUGAAAUAAGAGUGAAUGUAUGGACUGUCCGCUCCAAAAAAAUGGCCGUUGUAGAAAGGUGGCCGCUGUGGAGGGGUGGUCGUUAAUGGAGGUUCGACUGUAUUUAAAAGGUGAGAGGUUGGACGCCGGGCAAUGGUCUCCUUGUAUAAAAUUUUGUUGAGUGCUCCCCCCCCCCGGGAUUAGCUGUUUAGCCAAUCACGUAACAUUAAAGAUUGUGAGGCAACUGACACGCGCACCUGUAGACGAUUGCCCUUUAAAUCAUAAAGAUUAUCAUCUUGGCUUUAUUGGCUUAAAAGUCGAUGUUCUUUAAAUUGAGUUGACCUCAGAGCUGAGACAUGCGGUGCUUGUUUGUGUACCCUUUAGGCAAAUCUGCCAGCGAAACAGGGAAGCUCUUGGGGGCAGUAAACGAAACCACACCGGAAAAGAGCAAAAUGCACGCAAAAACAAAUGAACAGUCUGCGGUGGAAGAUCCCAACCUGGGUGGUGACAACAACGGAAAUACUCAAGUAGUUUUUAAUACCACAAAUAAACGACUGGAGAGGCUGGAAAAAGAAGCAAGAGAUUUGAAAGACCAGAUAAAAAACAUAAGAGGAGUGCAAUGCAACAUUUCGGACGCAGAGUUAAUGGUAAGUGCUUUUAAAUGACGUUCAGAAACGCGGAUUUUCGGGGUUAAUUUUGAUAUCAAUGACUGUUGUUUUGUCUAGACCCACGUGAUGUUUUUAGAUCAACAGCUGGAAACAACACACGCUACGACCUUGAGUGAGUUUCAAUUGAGGAGGCGGGACUAUAAACAUUGGAACUCUCGUUAAAGACUAAAAUUACACCCAACAGCAGUUCCUGACCGGAAGCUUUUAGCGACUGUUUUAGAUAACAAUCUUAUUGCAGUAGUUUAAUCUACCAAGCCUCUGCAAUAAUACUACAAAUCGCUUCUACUCUUUUUGAGUGACCAUAUUUUUAGAAAAGUUACAUUUGGUUGUCAGCAUUUGCUAUGGCCUCUAAUUUUACACUUCCGUAUCAAAGAACUCACCGUUCCUGAUCGAUUUUCAUUGAAGCCAUCCGCUUUUCUUAUUUGACUGGGCUCUGUUUACUGCGCAUGACGCGGGGAAACUUUUAACCUCUGAAAAAAGAAAACCCGAACAGUGGGCACUUUUUCGACACCACCCAACGAACGGCAAGGAGAGGCUUUAGAUCCUACCUGUCGUAAUAAAAUAGCGAGAAUUUAGCGCCGAUGGUGGUCCGCCUUUUUUUGUCAAUUUGUUUAAUUUCUGAAUAAUCCUCUCGGAUCUUUCUUCCAGAGCCUAAAGUUGCGUACACUAACGUUCUCAAAGUUCCUUGGUCAAACUUCCUUAAUAGCAUCUCGAAUUCAGGGGCACCAUAAACCUCGGCCCCAUUUCUCUGAAUUUUCUGGAACUACGCCUGUAUAGUCAAACCUCUACUAACAGUUACUUUGUUCCUCCUACGGACACGCCAUACAUUCACUCCGCGCGAAACGGUCAAGUUAAAGCGAGAAAACGAAGGGGGAGGGGGCGAGGGAAAGAGGACACUCUGCUUUCUUUCUCUCGCCCCCUUCCACUUCGCUUUCUUGUUUGACCACGUUCAGCUUUCGUGCGGCUGUAUCCCUUACUUUAACGCCUGCCACGCACGCUACAGUUUAGAAUUGAUCAACUUAACUAGUGUGAGCUAACUUCUGAAAAUUUUCAAAUGAGACUUAUACAUCGAAUCCUUUGACUGCCAACCUAGAAAUGUACUUGUUUUUAACACAGAUAUCAAAGAGAGGGCAAGAUUUACAGACGAAUCUUACAGUGCUGCAGGAAAAAUUUGCGCUUUUAAACGCAUCGCUUAUUGGACAGGUAUGUCCCAAGAAUUACAUAACCAAGAGAAAAGGUUUUGAGAAUUAACGAAAUGAUCAACCAAAGAAAAAAGCGCUUUUAUCUUUUAUCCAAAACUCUCAACUAAUUCUGUAAGGAAAUAUACAGAGUUAAGUCUGGAGAAUAUAUAUUUAGGUAUUGGCACUUAAAAAUACCAUAAAACUCUAUAACAUACAGACUCAGCUUCUACUGGGUAUAUUUAUUUCAGCCUCUCUUGUUAAAAAGGCCUGCUGGCUGAAGGUGAACGUGCGUGAGGACAUUUAUUACAGAGGGUUGCAUCAUAUAUCCUGUUAUUAAUAUUUGUAUACGGUCAGUCUACAAGUCUACUCUCUUCUGAGAAUAGCAAAUCUAUAUAAAGCACAGGAAACCAGCCUUUCGUCAUGCAAAAUUGCAGCAUGUACACAUGUACCCAACGCAUUUGCCCGUUGGAAUUUUUUACUGUUUUUAAGCUUAAAAACAUAAUUCUAACAGGCAAAUAUGACAUUAUAAGCGAAUGUUUUAACAUGAAAUAAUUAGGAUGAAGAAAAAAAUUUCCUUUUUAAAUUUUUAAUUACCUCAUCACACUUUUUUAAAUAAUCAAAUGUAGAAGUGCAAGGCUGUGCCCUAAGAAAAAUUCUAGGGAGCCAAUGCUCUGAACCAGUGAAAUCAAGUAUUUCCUUGUCAACCAAGAGCAAAAGUAAGGCACAAGGGAUCUCUGGGUGCUGCAAAGGCACAGCCUUGAAAUGCAAUGGCAAGAGUUGAAUUAUGCCAUUUUUUCUUUGAAAAUGUCAGAUCAACAAUUUAACCAAGCAGUCUGGUCCAGUGGGUCCAGCAGGACCCCCUGGUUCACCAGGAGUCAAAGGAAUACAAGGUCCCAUGGGUCCCAGGGGAGAACAAGGGUAUAAUGGUUCCCAAGGACCUCCAGGAGCAGUAGGACCUCCGGGUCUUAAUGGAUCACCAGGUCUCCAGGGGCCUCCUGGUCUGCAGGGGCCUGGAAACCUCACUUGCUGUCAAUACAAGACUGAAAAGUCUGGUGGGGUCAGUGGAGGGCCAAAUGCCGUCAAUGAUGUCAGUGCAAAGGAGAUGAAGGUAAGCUUAACCAUAAGUGAAUGAUAAACAUUCCAGCAUUCUACCCAAUUUGCCUCCAAAGGGACUUUUUCUGCAAAGUAGCUGUAACAACCCUGGUACACCCUCGAGCCCCCCCGGAAUUCCACCUUUGAAGGCAGAAAAAUCAGCAAGUAUAAUAAGCCAGGAUUUAGCUUUUCUGGGUCUUGAGUGUCCUUGCAUAGUAAUAUAUAAGUUACACAAAUGCGAUAGCAUUGUCAUAUCUGGGAAUUAUCCCAACUUGCCAGGUAAAUGUAAUCAGUUGAUCAAUUAUGCAACGUUUGUCCUGUGCUUGCUCAACUUUCUACGAUGCAAAUUUAAGACAAAGAAACGUUUGAUUUCUUCAAACAUUUCACGCAUCAUAAAAUGUGCCCUGAUCUCCCAUUACCCCUUCUGAGUUUCUGAUAUAACUUAUUUAUAAAAUAGGAAGGAUUUGUCAAAUAUCUUUAUAUCCUAAACCAUUUGACCAUAAGCCACAGAAAAUAUGAAUUUCGACUGACAAAAAUUAACUUUGACUUAAAUGAAGUUGAAUUACUCACAUUGAAGUAGUUGAUCAUAGUUUCAGUUCGUUUCUUCCCAUGUAACCCUUGUUCCAACCCAGGGAAAUGCUUCGUCUGAUUCAAACCGGUUCAAAUCUUCUGUUUACCGCGCCAGCAUUUAAUCUUGGUAACCGAGCUCGUCCUUAGCACCCGCGCCUGCGUUUUGAGGAGAAGCUCGGUUACCAAGAAAUCACAGGCAACCCAAGCUGUCACCUGUAAUUUGCUUUCUCAAAAGAGAGUCGGUGUCGUGUUACAGGCGAUUGUUGAGAUGUUGUACGAGAAAUAAAAUACUGAGGUUUGCAAACGCUCAAUAAUGUCAUUAUAGUUUACCUUUUUUGACCAUUUUUCUGUAAAGUAAAUAAAGGAGACUUAGCUUUGAUGUAUUCCUGUGUUUUUUGGUGUGAAUUCAUCGAUUUAGUCGACUUUUUUGGUUCUACAUCUAAUUGUGUGACCUGUCACCCCCGAUUUAAAAGACGAAGUGACAACGAAUAAAGGAGAAGAUACAGCUGCAAAUGCUAACCUCGUCUAUUCCACUAGGAUGUCAAGAUCAUCUCAGCAACCUGCUCAUCAAACGACGCACGGUCAAACUUGUUGUCAAGUUCUUUCCUUCAAGGAUUUCGAUACUACACCUGCAGCUGUACUGGUUCCCUUACAGGCUCUUCGUGGCCUACAAUGUUCUGCUAUAUACACUACUGGGAGUGCUGCCUGGUCUCUUAA